UGUACUGGUAUCGCAAUGGAAUUUACUUUCACUUCUUGUAAUGGACAGGCAUUGUUUGCCAUUGACCCAAUUAAGGCAAGAGAAGAUCCUGUUGUUGUAAAAAAUGUGCCGUAUUACAAAGCAAGAAAGAAGAUUGAAGCUGAGGUUAUGAAACUUGAAGUCCCACAACGACCACAUAAUUGGGGAGUUCCAACUAUCUCAUUAGAAGAGACAGAUCAGAAAAAAGAUGAAUUUGAGGAUCCAAGACAGAAGCAGGUAGCAAAAGCUUUAUUAGAUAGUGCAUGGGAGACGAAGUGGCGCAAGCAAAAGUAUGAUGAACUAGUAGCAGAGAGGGUUCAGAAGGGAAUUGCCAGGUUUCAACAGGAGGCAGAAGCGCAAGAAAGAAAGCGGAGGAAAAGAGAUCAAAAAUGGUGGAAAUGGUUUUAAGCUCCACAAUAUUUUCAGAAAGAGUAUACAAUUUUUUUUAUGUUUUAUGACAUUAUUCUCUUGUAGUUCGGUUGUGAACAAGCUUUCUUGUUGCUAAUCUAUAUCUAACUGGAUUUAUGGCUAGGAUAGGGGUUGCAAUAUAAGAAACACAAAUGAGUCUAGAAACAGAAACAUAUAGAAUGUGUUUCUAAGAGAAAUAUUUAUUGCAAAGUGGUCUGGACAUUGUUCUUGCUUCAUUUUUGGAAUAGUAGUGAACCGCACUAUUCUCACUUAAUCUUUUUGAUGCAAAGUUGAAUCAUAUUCUAAAUCA